AUGAAGCAAGAAACGUCGGCUGAACCAUUUAUUACCAUAAAUUUGAAGGAAAAUUUUGUGGAUAAUAGUUAUGUUAAGAUAAGUCAAUCCAAAACAUGGAUUGGUCAUAUAAAUACUGGUGUUGCAGCAGCAGCAUCAAUUUACGGUCUUGCCGUUCUGAUAAUUUUGCUUGCUGUGCCAAUUGCCUUACUUGUUAUUGGUUCACUUUAUCAUGAUCCACGUUAUUGUCCAAUUGAACCUCGUAUUAGUCUUUUUCUAAUUGUUUCUGGAAGUGUUAUAUUAGCAGUCAUAACUCUUAUUAUUAUUAUUUCAAUACUGACAAUUUUUUUCGCUCCUCUUAAUUCAUUAAAAUCUAGAAUUUUACCAUUUAUUUUAAGUAUUAUUAUUCUUAUUGGUAUAAUAUUUUCAUUUAUUUGGUUGAUUAUUGGAAGUGUAUGGAUAUUUAGAGUAAAUAAGUGGGUUACACAUGAAUACGAUAUAAUUAAUAAUUUUUAUACAUAUAAUUAUUGUCAUCCCGUAUUAUAUCGAUUUACAUUUGUUUAUUUAAUUUUAGCUUAUAUUUUUAUGGUUAUUACUUGUGCUUAUCAAUGUCUUUUUUAA